AUGUCACUGCUCAGGAUUGGAGUCGAUGUCGGAGGAACAAACACCGAUGGAGUAUUGAUCGACGUUUCCCGGUCGAAUGAGCCCAACCGUGGGAUCUUGGCCCACUUUAAAGCUCCCACCACUCCUAAUGUGUCGGAGGGCAUCGAGACUGCCGUACGGACGGUACUAGACGAGGCGAAAUGUGAUCCCAAGUCUAUCACUUCGCUCACGAUUGGCACGACUCACUUCAUCAACGCCGUCCUAGAACAAGAUGUCCGUCGCUUGCAGAAGGUUGCCGUCGUCCGCCUAUGCGGGCCUUAUACGCGCAGCGUCCCGCCAUUUAUCGAUUUCCCUCCACAUUUGAGGGAUAUCAUGUUGGGUUAUAUUGGAUAUGUUGAUGGGGGACUACAAAUUGACGGGAGCGAGAUCCUCCCUAUCUCCGCCUCUCAGCUCCUCGAGCAGUGCAAGCACAUCAAAGCCCUAGGACUAAAAAACAUCGUCCUAGUAGGAGUGUUCAGCACGCUAGACACCGAGGGUUCCCAGGAGCUCAAAGCGAGGGAGAUCGUACAGAGCGAAAUGGGAGAGGGGGUCAACGUUGUAUGUUCUUGUGAAGUUGGCCAGAUUGGGUUGUUGGAGAGGGAGAAUGCCUCUAUCCUUAACGCAUCCAUACUCACGUUCGCCCAGCGCACUAUGCGCGGCUUCAAGCGAGCCAUGCACCGACUUGGACUCACCUGUCCUCUCUUCCUCACGCAGAACGACGGCACGUUAACAACUGCUGCGAAAGCCGCUGCGCUCCCUAUCCGCACCUUCGCUUCCGGUCAGACGAACUCGAUGCGCGGAGCCUCCUACCUAGCAGGAUUGGACCUGCGCAAGCAAGCGGGAAAGAGUGUCAUCGUCUGCGACGUAGGGGGGACGACGUGUGAUGUUGGAGUUCUGUUACCCUCCGGAUUCCCGCGCCAGGCAGCGGCGUACAUCGAAGUAGGGGGAGUGAGGACGUCGUUCGCCAUGCCCGACCUGCUCAGUAUCGGCCUUGGAGGCGGCUCGAGAGUUCGGGUAGACGAGCAUGGGAAGACCACCGUGGGCCCGGACUCGGUUGGACACUGGAUCACCCGCGACGCCAAGGUGUUCGGCGGAGACGUCCUCACCGCUACGGACAUUGCUGUCGCCCUCGGUCGGGCCGAGGUAGGGGACGCAAGCAAGAUCUCCGGCAUCGUCAGCCCCGAGCUGGCGCAUGCGGCACAGGCAACUGUCAAGAAGCUGCUCGAGAAUGUCAUUGAUCGGAUGAAAACGACCCCGGAGGACCCGACGGUGCUCAUGGUAGGCGGAGGGUCGAUAAUUGUCCCCGAUCAGCUGGAAGGGGUGGGGCAGAUCCUCCGUCCUCCCUUUUUUGGCGUGGCAAAUGCUGUAGGCGCUGCGAUGGCCAAAGUCGCAGGAGAAGUGGAUACGAUCGAGAUCCUCCAGGGGAAGAACUUGGCAGAUGUACUUGAAAGGAUCAAGAAAGAGGCCGUGGCGCGUGCCAUCGAGGCUGGUGGAGAUCCGACCAAGGUCUCAGUCGUGGAUGUUCAGAACUUGCCAGUGCAGUACGUCACCAACCAGGCUACCAGGAUUAUCGUCAAAGCCGCGGGCGAGUUGUCGAUGAGCGACUCGGGCGCGGUGGAUGGGGAAGAUAUCAAGAUGAUCCCAGAAGAGGACGAGGAGAUAGAACCACCCAAGACGGUGUUGUCGUCUGCGAGGGAGGAUGUUUCGUUUGACGUGGCGAGCUACCGUCCAUACAUCAACGAGAAGAAAGAGUGGAUCUUGUCGGAACAGGAUUUGGAGCUGAUCGCCUUAGGCACUUUCGUGCUGGGUACUGGGGGAGGAGGCACGCCGUACCCGCCGAUGCUCAUCUGCAAGGAGCUCUUACGCGAAGGAAGAGUCAUCAAGGUGGUCGAUGCUGAAGAUGUACCAGAAGAUGCGCUCUUUGCUCGGGCGUGUUUUAUGGGCAGCCCGAGUGUUUCGUGCGAGCGUCUGCCAGCAGGCACCGAGAUCACCACUGCCAUGAAGGCUCUGACAUCCCAUGUUGGGAUCUCCAAGAUCAGCGGAACUAUCAGUGAUGAAAUAGGUGGUGGUAACGGGAUAGUUCCGUUAAUCCUCGCGGGCGAAUUAGGUGUUCCUGCUAUGGAUGGCGAUUUGAUGGGCCGUGCCUACCCCAACAUGAAUCAAUGUCUUCCUGGCGCCUUCAAAAUACCCGGAGGUGUUUUCCCCGCAGCACUUGCUGAUGGGGUCGGGAACGCUCUUGUCAUGCAUGCAGCGCAAUCUGGACGGCGUGUCGAGAUCAUUUUCCGCAAUAUCUGCACAACGAUGGGCUCACGUGCUGGAGUCAGUGUGGUCCCCCUCACCAGAAAACAAUGCCAGGACUACGGUGUCGUACGAACUGUGUCACAGGCAUGGCGCAUCGGACGUGCCAUCACCCUCAGCAGACAACAGAACGACUUCAAGUCGAUCCCUCGGCGGAUUUUGGAGCUACAGAACGGAAAGUGCCUGUUCAUCGGAAAGAUUGUCGAUGUUCAACGGGAAGUUCGCGCUGGUUUCACGUGGGGUCAAGUCACCAUUGCACCGUUGCAGGAUGACGAGCAGGAUGAAACCAGCACAGGCAUUGAUCUGCCUGAAUAUGGUCCUGAUGAUAAGCUUACCAUCCCCUUCCAGAAUGAGAACCUGGCUGCCUUCCUCAAUCAUCCGGAUGGUACACGCGACAUCCUCAUUACUGUGCCAGAUCUGCUCUCGGUACUUGAUAGCCAGUCUGGCGCCAACCUUGGCACACAAGAGUAUCGGUAUGGUCUGCGUGUCACUGUUAUGGGCCUUGCUGGUGAUCCAAAGUGGACCCAGACCAAGGAGGGAAUGGAGACUGGUGGGCCUGGAUACUUCGGUCUCGAUAUUCCUUUUGUCUCUGUGGGUACGUACCGGGAGCCGAAGAGCGUCAUUCGGGAGUACGGACCGGCGUAG